AGCACAUGGCAACCUUACCCAUUUGGCCUUUUUCUAAUUAAAAUUACAAAUUCAAUAGAUGACAUAAUAUAAAGAUCCCUCUUAUCUGUCUUUUUUUCUUUUUUCAUAUUGAGUUUUUGCAGUAAUGGAGGAAACCGAAGCUCUUGAUCUCUUGGAAGAGUCUUGGUUUUUCGAGAACUUACUCGACAGGAGAAGGAGGAUGUCAAGAUGUUAUUCAGAUCCUUGUACAUCAUCGAAUUUCAGACAAGAUGUUUUGUCAAAUGAUUCAUGUAAUAAUAAUCAGAGCUCUAAUGGUUUGGUCCGUGCACCCUCGUUGCCUCCAUGUAUAGGGAGGGGAGAACAGGUUGAAGCAAAAAAGAACCAUGGUGGGAAGAUCAAAUUGAACAGGCAAUUAUCAUUGCAAGCAUCGAAGACGACGUCGACGACGACAACAACAUGUUCUGAUCAUAAGACAAAGACGCCUGAUAGAGAAUCAUCAUCAUCGAGACAUAGUUUGCAAAGAACACCUUCUUUGCCUUCUUCAAUGGAGGCCAAAGUCAGUGAUAUAAGAAUGAGCAAAUUGAUCCGACAAGCAUUGGCUGACUCACCAGAUAUAUUGCCACCAAGGCACAAUCAUAACAAGGCAACAAACUUGCCAAGGUGUAGCAUUAGACCACCGAGGAACCAAGAGGUGGAAGCCAUUAACAACACCAACGAGGCUUCGGUCACGAGGUACCGCCACUCGAACCCGAAGAAGAUGCUGCAAAAGAGCUAUAGCGAUCUUGCAUUCCAAGAACUGCAAGGGUUCAAGGAUUUAGGAUUCACAUUCGACAAGGAAGACCUGAGCCCUGAUAUUGUGAACAUAUUGCCAGGCUUGCAAGGGGAUAAGAUAGAAGAUGAGUUGCAACCAGAUAAGGUGAAGAAGCCAUAUUUGUCGGAGGCGUGGCUGGUACAAGGCCCUGCACCACCUCCUAUUCCAACAUGUGUAUCCAAGAAUUCAGCAAAGGAUAUGAAGGCACAAAUCAAGUUUUGGGCCAGAGCUGUGGCAACUAAUGUUCGACAAGAGUGCUGAGAAUAGCAUUAAAAACAUCACCCAUUUCUUGUACCAAAUUUGACAUAAAUUUAGCUUUUCUUUUCUAUUUCUACUCUCAUUUUUCCAAUUCCUCGGAAUUUAUUUUUUUCAUUUAGGACUGAUAUCCUUUCUAUUUUACCCGGUGUUCAUGUUUCGAAGGCCUAUAGAAGCAGAGUCCUUGUCUGAUACUAUGAAAUCUUAUGUAAACAAAAAUCUUUUUGGCCAUUAAUGUACAAUAAUAAUUCAUUAUUGUUUA